AUUCCCUUUUGGAGUACCGCGCAUGCGCAGUGGUCCCCUGUACCUUAUACAUUUUUAAUGGCAAUGGCUGCGUUUCUCAUCUAAACAUCUCAUGCGAAACAACAAACCUAUAAAUACGACAUUUCUUUGCACCUCUGACAAAAGGCGUUAUCGAUUUAGUAAUAGUAAUCGAUCGAUUGCGAUCUACGAAAAAUGGAUCGGCUGUAGAAUUUGAAGAUAGAAGAUCUGUCAUUUUUAACCCUUUGCAUUCCAUGAUCCACACACAAUCGAGAAGAUGAUACGUCAGGUGACCAACAACAAUGACUAUUGCAUGAGUGGCAGGCCGUCAUGCCUGGCAGAGGAUGGCCGACACCCCACCAGUCACUUUGACCUAUGCACUGCCCAGUCCAACAAGUUCUACCAAGCUCCCCCGCCCCCUCCCUUGCAAAUGACCUUGCCCCCUCUGCCCCUGCCACCCCAGAACAACCUGAAACCCAUGCCCUGUCAGAGGCAGAAUGGCCUCAGUGAACCUCACCCCCAAGCUGUUGGAAUUACGAACAAUGAGAAGCCAGAGGACUCCAAGAAAAAGAAAAACCCGGGGAGGUCUGGAAGGAGAGGAAGACCUUCGGGGACCACUAAAUCAGCAGGUUACAGGACCAGCACAGGGAGGCCUCUAGGAACCACCAAGGCUGCCGGGUUCAAGACCAGCCCAGGGAGGCCCCUGGGAACGACCAAGGCAGCGGGAUAUAAGGUCAGCCCUGGUAGGCCCCCUGGCAGUAUCAAGACCCUGUCUCGCCUCAACAAACUAGGCUAUGAGAAUGAUGAAAUACCAGAAUUCAAGUUCUCUGAGGACGUGGGCUCUGAUAUGGAAAAUAUUCCCAAAUUUGUGGGAAUGGAGGACCUUGAGUCUCAGCCAAAGAGGCAGUACAAGACUGCAGAGAUCGCAGACGCGGUAAUGGGAACCGAGCUACCUGUCAACCCAGCAGGAAUCGAGUCACUGAUCCCCAAGAAUGUGAAAGACUUUCAGACAGGGUUCUCGCCACUCUGCGACGAUGAGGCAAAAUGUCCCUCACCUUUGACCCAAGAGGAGUCCAAGAAUUCAGAACCCAUGGAACCAGUCAUAUUGGGGAUGGUCCACGUAGACGCCAUGACAAAUGAAGAACAGAACUCCACAGAAACUACAAAGACUUACAAAGUCAACUGUGAUAAAAGGAACAUAACAGGGGUGGACAACUUCACAGUGCAGGUCCUAAAUGCCUCACAGGACUUGAUGGAGUUCCUGAAUGUAAACGGCACAGAAUGCUCUCUGGUAUUGUUCUUCACUACCUGGUGCCAGUUCUCUGCCAAUCUGGCACCUCACUUCAACGCACUGCCCCGUGUCUUCCCCGGCAUGCACUUCUUGGCACUGGACGCCUCCCAGCAUAGCAGUCUCUCCACAAGGUUUGGAACUGUAGCAGUUCCCAACAUCCUCCUGUUUCAAGGUGUGAAACCAAUGGCCAGAUUCAACCAGACUGACAGAACCCUGGAGACUCUGGUGUCUUUCAUAGCUAAUCAGACAGGUUUCGAAGUGAGCCCAGAUCAGAAUGUAACAGAGGAGGAUUUAUCUGGACCUCUUCCCAAUGUCCCAGUGAAGAGUAUUGAUUGGCUGCUGGUGUUCUCCAUCUUGUUCAUCUCCGGCUUUACCACCUAUGCCAUCCUACGGACUGACAGCAUCCGCUGGCUCAUCCCAGGCCAAGAGCAUGAGCACCAGGACUAAUAUUUACAACCCAGAGACUGUAAGCCCUGUGAAUAAAAGUUCCUCUCAACGUGAGAGUUGUUGGGCAUAAAGUGUGGUAAACCUGGACAUGUAUUCAGAAAGUGUCACAGAUAAGGAGCGCUGAUCUAGAAUCAGCUUUGCCUCAGCACAUAAUGAAUUAGAUUGGAACGACCUGAUCCUAGAUCAGCACUCAUACACUUGAGACCCUUUACGAAUACGGACCCAGAUUUUGGAGACGGCCCAAGACACAGCGCCAGCUCAGUCCUGAUGGUUGUCGAUGUUAACUGCUGGCUUCGCUGUAACAUAGCUACUGUGAUAUAGAUAUACAUAGUUGUUUGCUGAAUGAAUUACCCCUUGGAUGUCUGAACACACAUGUUCAGUGAGUCAGCGUGACAUGCUGUUUAUUUGCAACUGUUUUGAUGGUGUUGUGAUUAAAAGUGUCAAAUUAAACAUAUUUUAAAUGA